AUGAAGGGUUCCUUGUUUUCCAGCACAUCUCCUUCCCCGUCUCAUCCUUUGCACACCCACAAUCACGCUUCCCCUUCCUCCACGCCGCCACACCACCGCCACACCUUCUCCGAGACUAUGACGGAGGAGAGCAUCGAUGAUGCCGAGUCCAUCGUCAGAAAUUGGGAUUUGGAUGCCCACAAAGACGCAAAAUUCUCACCUCUGUUCGCGCCCGACGGCGACAGAAGAGAGGCGCACAGAUUUGUGGAGGCGGUGGCCAGUUUGCAGGCCGCUAUGCACUAUUACGUCAAGAUCCACUCCGGCCCGGACAAGCUCGUCCGGGCUCAGAACCUCAUGAAGAUUGCUAUCAAGAGACUCGAGAAGGAGUUCUAUGUAACUUUAUCCUCUAAUCGGAAAAAUCUCGACUCCGAGUCGGUUUCUAGCCGCUCCUCCAGGGGUUCUGUCAGAUCCAGCGUUUCGGACUAUUAUGAAGAUGAUAUUUCAGAAGAGGAGAGAAGCACGACGCCGCCCCGUACGCCGCCUCGGACUCCGCCUCGGACCCCGCAUCCUGUAUCCGAAGCCGAGAAAGCUUCGGAUAUGGCCAUGGUGGAUCUGAAGACCAUCGCCGACUGUAUGAUUGCAGCAGGAUACGGGAAGGAGUGCGUCCGCGUUUACAAACUCAUCAGGAAAUCGAUUGUUGACGAGAAUCUCUACGGUUUGGGAGUCGAGAAGCUGACCCACUCUAAGAUGCAGAAAAUGGAUUGGAACGCUCUGGAAGCCAAAAUCAAGGCGUGGCUGCACGCGGUCACCGUAGCCGUGAAAACUCUCUUCCACGGGGAGAGGAUUCUGUGCGACGUCGUUUUCUCCUCCUCGGAGAGAAUCGCAGAGUCUUGUUUCACCGAGAUCUCGCGGGACGCCGCCGUGAAUUUGUUCAGCUUCCCCGAGAAUUUCGGGAAGAGCAGGAAGAUCCUCUCGCCGGAGAAGAUGUUCCGCGCUCUCGACAUGUACGAGGCGAUCUCCGAGCUCUGGCCGGAGAUCGAGUCGGUGUUCUCGCACGAGUCCCUGUCGGCAGUGAGGUCGGAGGCGAUGGCUGCUCUGGGGAAGCUCGCCGAGGCUGUGAGGGUUAUGCUCGCCCAGUUCGAGGCGGCUAUUCAGAAGGACUCCUCAAAGACGCCGUCCGGCGGCGGGGUCCACCCGCUCACGCGCUACGUGAUGAACUUCCUCGUCUUCAUCGCGGACUACAGCGGCGCGGUGAACCGGUACUUUGCCAACUACGAGAGGAUGGGGUGGAGCGAUGUGAUCUCCUCGCUGCCGGAGGAUCCAACGGCGGAGAUUGCUCCGGAGGAAGUGGGUAACCGCUUCAGAAAAUUCAACCAGGGGUUCGAGGAGGCAUACAAGAAGCAGGCGGCGUGGGUCAUACCCGACCCGAAAGCAAGGGACGAGGUGAAAAUAUCGCUAGCCCAAAAGAUCGUCCUGCCUUAUCGGGCCUUUUACCAGAAGCAUCGGGGCGACUACAGCAGGGGAGUUGGGGCGGAGUCAAUUGUCAGGUAUGCCCCUGAGGAUUUGGACAAUUACUUGUCGGACUUGUUUUUUGCAACUGCUUCCGGAGGCAGCACUACGACGUCGUAUGGCACACAUCACGGCACAUCGCGCGGUCGUUCGCCCUCCACUUGA